ACCCGUACAGUGGCAGAGCGAGGCCCAAGCAAGGGCGGAAGGCGAAGAGGGAGAUGGAGAAGGCGAGGGCGAUCCUGUCGGUCGGAGAAGAAGAAUCGGAGCGGGUGGCGCGGCUGGACGUCCGCCCCCACCGCGCCGGACACGCGGCCAGCUUCUACGAAGGCUUCGCCACGCGAGGGUUACGGGUCGACUGCAUCCGCCCUGGCUUCCUCUCCUGCACCUUCAAAGUCCCCCCUCGUCUCACCGAUGCUGGAGGGAAUCUGUCGCCGGGAGCCAUCGCGAACCUGGUGGAUGAGGUGGCCGCGGCUGUCAUCCAUUCCGAAGGUCACCACAUGAAGAUCUCCGUCGACAUGUCCAUCUCGUACAUGUGCGCUGCCAAGGUCGAUAGUCUCGCUCGAUCAAGAUGUUUCCAUGGAUGCCGCCAUCUGGAUUGCCCCAAGAACAGUAGUACACUUUUGGUGCAUCCUGUGUUUAUCCCCAGCCUGAAGAGCUUUCAUCCGCUUGCAUUACAAUGUUGAAGUUAUUAGAUACAAUACAAAUUGGUGCUGCAAGAAAAGGGUGUCUAGAGAGAAAAUGGGGAAUAUAAUAUUGCACAAGGGAAAUCAAUCAACAUGUUGCCAUGAACAUGGAAUGUAAAGGUCAAUUGAUGAUUGGAAAGGUGUUUGGGAUCAUUAAUCGAAGUUGAGGGUGGUAGGAGGAGUCUUUGCCAUUCCAUCAAUGGAUGGUUUUAUGCAAUUCUUUGUCUCCUAUACUCCCAUCUUCAUAUCCUCUUUUGUUUUGGC